AACUUUCCUGUGUAUAACUAUGACGAAUCAAGAUUUCGGCCAAAACUGCACCAACUUGUAUGACCAUCGUCCAGUGGCGCGAGUUCUCAUACCUCUGAUCUACUCCAUCAUUUGUCCAGUGGGACUUUUUGGAAAUGCCCUGGCUCUUCAUGUGGUGAUCUCCAAAAUCACCAAACUUAAUUCAACCACUUUUUAUUCUGCCAACCUGGCUGUGUCUGAUAUCCUAUUCUGCCUGUCGCUUCCCUUACGGGCCGUUUACUACGGCCUUGGCUUCAACUGGCCCAUGGGGGAAGGACUCUGUAAAGCCACAGCACUGCUCUUCUAUUUAAACUGCUAUGCCGGAGUUAACUUCAUGACCUGUCUGGCAGUCGAUCGUUUUGUGGCGCUGGUGUUUCCUCUGAGGCUGGUGAAAUUGAGAAAGGCAAAAAACGCGAAGUUUAUGUGUCUGGCCAUAUGGCUUCUGGUGUUUGCCCAGACAUUGCCUCUCCUGACCAUUAACUUGACCAAAACAGAGUCUGAUGGCAGUAUCACCUGUAUGGAAUACCCCAAUUUUGAGGGAGUUUUCAAAGGGCUGCCCUACAUGCUGAUCAUAGGAGUAGUUCUAGGCUUUGUCGCCCCGGUUGCGAUAAUUAUCGCUUGCUAUUCCAUACUGACCCAUAAAUUAUGUCUAGCAGCAAAGUCGAAUCGGCUAACGGAACGUUCUGGAAGGACCAAAAAAGCAAGAGGAGUUAUCGCAGGGGUGGUAUUUGUAUUUGUGGUGUGUUUCAGCCCAUACCAUCUAGACCUCCUGCAAUACAUGAUUCGGAAACUUCUCUAUAAACCAGACUGCAUGGAGCUUCAGUCCUUUCAGAUAUCCCUGCAUAUUACAGUGUGUCUUAUGAACCUGAAUUCAUGCCUGGAUCCCUUUGUUUACUUCUUCGCGUGUAAAGGCUAUAAGCAGAAAGUGAUGAGGAUGAUGAAGUGGCAGGUUGGCACCCACUUCUCCAGUGUUGGAAGAGCCUCGCCUGAAAGUUCAGGCACAGGUGAUGUGCACGGCACACGCCGCAAAAACAACAAUAUACCUAUGAACUCUAUAAAAGAAGGUCAGUAAAACUGUUACCGUCAAAAGCCGACUUAAGGUGAUGAAACGUCACAACAAACUUGGAAUUGAGGGUUAACCCUCCGGGGUCGGCAAACGCGCCGGCGCGUUUUGCUGGAUUUUCUUCACAUAGUAGCACAAUAUACUUAAAUUACUCCAUUUAUAGUCAUACAGAAAAAAGAAAUAUGAAAAAAGAAUCUGUGAGAUGUCUACUUUUGUAUGUGUCCACUUACAAUAAAAACAAAACAUUGUGCUUUUGUAAAAUAAAGAAAAUAAACAGGGUAUGCUUUCUGCC